AUGGAACCUUACAAAGAGAGAACAGAUUAUAUCGAUCGUGGUUCCUUAUCGGAUCCUAAGAAAAAGUCGCUUUUCGAAGCAGCUACAAAAGUCCGGCAUCUCACUCCUUACUGUGGAACAGAGCUGGUUGGAAUCAAGCUUACGGAGCUUACUGACGAGCAAAAAAACGAGCUCGCACGAUUAGCUUCUGAGCGAGGUGUCGUCGUUGUCAGGAACCAAGAUGACCUCGACAUCAGAAAACAGAUUCAAUUUACCUCAUACUUUGGCGAACCCCACAUCCACCAUCAAAGCGGAAUUAUUCCUGACCUUCCUUGGGUGCAUCCAGUCUACAAAGAUGAAACAUCAACCGGGGGUCUGAGAUCUCAAGUUUGGCACUCAGAUGUCCGCUAUGAGAUAAAUAGUGCUGGAAUUUCCACACUGAGAUUUGAUGUUUUGCCGCGCUCAGAAAAUGGUGAGCUUAUCGGAGGGGAUACCCUUUUUGCUAAUGGCUAUUUGAUCUAUGAGUCCUUGGAUCCCAAAUUUCGCGCUUUUCUUGAAACUCUUUCUGCUGAGAGUAGUGGAUUUGGACAAGCGGCUAUUGCCGCAGAAUCAGGCUACAAAACGAGGAGACCUCCUAUUGCAACCGUUCACCCUCUGGUGAGAACCAACCCCACUACCGGCCUGAAAUCCCUAUAUGUUGCUGAGAACUUCACCACCAAAAUUGUGGGUCUUGAAGAGCGCUUGAGCAACACCAUUCUUCAGUACUUGUUUGACCAUAUACGGAGAUCUUUGCAAUACCAGUGUCGUGUGCAAUGGACUGAAAAUGACAUUGCGAUUUGGGAUAACCGUUCUCAUUUCCAUACCGGUAUCUUUGAUUACUAUCCAAAAACCAGACAUGGUACUAGGGUCAUUGCACAAGCCGAAAGGCCAUAUUUUGAUCCGGAUUCCAAACUUUACAGUGAGGUCAGUUUUGAGGGUUAUAGUGUAUUAUGA